CGGAUUACGCAGCACAGCCCGGACUGUUUGUAGUUUCUAAAGCUGACCGAGGUGUAGCUACCAAAUUGAGUUCGGGGCUCAUGGAGACUCGGGCCUGAAACUUCCAUCAGAGACCCUUCCCGCCGUUGCUGACAUCAUCGUCUUAAUUAUUCAUCACAGACGGAGGGCCCAGGCAAGGCGGGACCCGGGAGUCAAAUGUUGCAGAGAACCCUUGCAUGUGAUCGCUGAGCCGACGGUUUCAGGAACAGUGCUUACCCGCGUCUUGGCGCGUGGUUCCCCACUGAACCGAACCUUAACCUCACGUCAGCUCCGACCUGCAAGGUGCGUGGCCUUCAGUCGCACAAGUAUAGCUACUCCGCUUGCUGCCGCCGCCGCUGCUGCGAUGGCUGCUGGCUAAUUCCCCAGCCAAACCCGAAACCUCGAACCCCUAUGAUCCUCAUGAGAGGGCCGGCCCAACCACAGACCCCACGAUGGCGGCUCGCCGAACGCGACUGCUCCCCAAGAUCCGCUCGGCUCUCCAGAAGCUCCUGUUCGUAUACCUCGUCUGGACGAUUAUCGAGGCUCACCGAUGUUACUACCGCAUCUCCCGCGCCGAGAGAGAGGCCAUUGCGCGAACCGACCUGAUCGAGCCGACACGGGUCUACAUUGCGAGCCUGCACUGGAACAACGAGGACAUCCUGCGGUCCGAGUGGAACAAAGCGGUCCUGGAUCUGGUCAAGACGUUUGGGGCGAAUAAUGUCUUUGUGAGCGUCUACGAGAGCGGGAGCUGGGACGACACCAAGGGGGCUCUGCGCGAGCUCGACAAGGAGCUGGAGACGAUGGGCGUCGCAAGGAAGAUCAUUCUGGAUCAGGAGACGCAUAAGGAUCUGAUCACCCAGCCGCCGGCGGAUGAAGGGUGGAUCACGAUACCUGACGGGACGAGGAUGCCUAGGAGAAUCCCUUACCUCUCCAAGUUACGGAACCUCUCUCUGCGGCCGCUGUUGGAGCUUGCAGAGAACGGAACGACGUUCGAUCAGGUCCUCUUCCUGGGAGACGUUGUUUUUACCGUCUCUGAUGUCCUAAACCUCCUCAAAACCAAUAACGGCCGCUACGCCGCCGCCUGCUCCCUCGACUUUAGCAAACCUCCCAACUUCUACGACACCUUCGCCCUCCGCGACGCGCGCGGCCACCAAUAUGCCACACAGACAUGGCCCUACUUCCGUGCCUCCCAAUCCCGAAAAGCGAUGAUCAACGCAAAGCCUGUCCCCGUAUCAAGCUGCUGGAACGGCAUAGUCGCCAUGCCGGCGUCGACCUUCGCGGGCAUCCGCGGCCUCCGGUUCCGCGGCAUCCCGGACGACCUCGCCACCUCGCACCUCGAGGCCUCCGAGUGCUGCCUCAUCCACGCCGACAACCCGGCCUCGCGCUCCCGCGGCGUCUUUGUCAACCCGGCCGUGCGCGUCGGCUACGACAGGAAGGCGUACGACGCGGUGCACCGGAACGCUCCUCGUCGCCGUGAUGAUGAUGAUGAUGAUGAUGAGAAUGGCCACAGCGACACCGGCGGCGGCGGUGGCGGUAGCUGGCUCUCGCUCUCAGAAGUGUACUUUGGCCUGUGGAAGAACAGGCUCGCCCGGUGGCUCACCACGCCCUGGUUCGAGGAGCAAGAGGUCAGAAGGCGGAUCGAGCGAUGGGCGAGGGCCGGCGAGGGCAGGGAAGAGAAGGGCGAGUUCUGCGUCGUGGACGAGAUGCAGAUUGUGGUGCACAACGGGUGGAAGCAUCUACGAUGAUUGUGCGACUUGGAUGGCGGUGUUUUUUUUUUUUUUUUUUUAUCUCUGUAUGAUUUCCGUGGUUAUUGGGAAUACGGUGUAGACCAGCAUAUGCUUUGAGUUGAGGUAUCUUCAAAGGCAAUA